AUGGGGUCUCUUAGUAAUAGUUCCAAUAUGGAUUCCAUCGAUGAUACCUUAGAGUCAGAAAGAUCUUCAUCUAAUAGUGUAAGCAUACCUAUGUCACAAUGUAGGAGCCUACAAGAUAUUAGACGAGACAACCGCGAGAACACCGUGAAAUCUGACUCAUCAAUACGCUUUUUCCCAGACCAACAUGUUCUAGAUGAAGGUAAUGAAAGGAUAAGGAACAUUAACGAUGCCAAGGAGAUGAUUAAACAAUUAAAUAUUGGUGGAAAAAGACUGACAUCUGCUAAAUCCCAGUUGAAGUUGAGUUCGACAGCAUAUGGAGUUCGUAUGCUGUCAAAGGAUAUUUUCAACACCAAAGUUGAAUUACAGGUGGAAAAUCUAUUGAUUGUGACCAAGAGUCAAGAUAGGUCACUUGUCUACUUAACGAGGGAGUUGGUUGAAUGGUUAUUGAUUAAUUCGCCAGAUAUUACUGUUUAUGUGGAGAAAAUCCUACAGGGGUCUGAACAAUUUGGUGCUGAAGAUAUUUACAAAGACAGUCGGUGUAAGGAGCAAAGGAUUAAAUAUUGGGACAAGGAGUUUGUUGCCCAACAUGAUGGAUUUUUCGAUAUGAUUAUAACACUUGGUGGUGAUGGAACGGUUUUAUUUGUUUCAUCCAUAUUUCAACGACAUGUACCACCAGUACUAUCGUUCUCGUUAGGCUCACUGGGGUUUUUAGCCAACUAUCAAUUUGAGCGUUUCAGAGAAGAUUUACCCAAGAUUUUAGAUAACAAAAUCAAGACUAACUUGCGUAUGAGAUUAGAAUGUAAAGUGUACCGCUGUCACCCUCCAAUGGUUGACUCAAGAACUGGUGAAAAAGUGGCAGUUGCAGAAUUAGUCAUGCAAAGACAGAUCCUUAACGAACUAACUAUCGAUAGAGGUCCAAGUCCAUUCAUUUCUAAUUUAGAAGUUUACGGAGAUAAUUCUCUUUUGACGGUAGCGCAAGCUGAUGGUAUUAUCAUUGCAACACCUACAGGCUCAACGGCUUAUUCAUUGAGUGCAGGUGGUCCUCUGGUUUACCCGAGCGUUAAUGCAGUCUGCGUUACACCCAUAUGCCCCCAUACUUUGAGCUUUAGGCCAAUCAUGUUACCUGACAGUAUGAAUAUCAAAAUUAGAGUGUCUCAGGGAUCAAGAGCAACAGCUUGGGCAGCAUUUGAUGGUAAGGACAGAAUUGAAUUGCAAAAGGGUGAUUACAUUACAGUGCAAUCUAGUCCAUAUGCCUUCCCCACAGUAGAAUCUCACAGUACAGAAUUUAUUGAGAGCAUCAGCAGAUCCCUAAACUGGAACGUUAGACGUGAACAGAAGUCCUUUACCCACAUGCUAUCUCGUAAGAACCAGGAGAAAUACGUUACAGACAAAGAAGGUGAAGACGAUCUUCAUGAGGGUGAUCACCGUGAAGUUGUGGUUUUGCAGGCAGAGGACAAAGAUCAAGCUCAAAAAAUGAUUGAGGAACGUACUCUGGCUGAACAGAAAGCAGAGAAAGAUUCCGUGUGUGCUAAUGGUGGUGCUGCUAAGACUAAUUUUACGGUUUGA